AUGGAUCCCAACAACAGUAACAAUCGCCUCUAUCUCAACUUUGGCAAUGGCAACGAUCGUUUGACCGCCUCGGAUAGGACUGCCUAUCCCACUACGCCUUCGACAUUUCCCCAGCCCGUUUUCCCUUCAGCAUCUUCUGGCCAACAGUCUGGAGGAUUGCAGCCUCAGCAACAGCAGCAGCAGCAGUUUGCUGGUGGCUAUGCGCCCCAGGGCUACUUUAACCAGAACCAAUAUGCUCAGUAUGGCGGCCAGCAGCCGCAGCAGAACGAUUAUCAGCAGGGCGCUGGGUACCAACAACGAUCCAACACACCGGGCACCAACGACCCCAACACCGGUCUCGCCCAUCAGUUCUCCCACCAGAAUCUUGGUGGCGCUGCUCGAGGGCAGGCUUAUGCCAGAGGUCCUUCGCCGGGUCAGCGUCCCAGAACUGCUGGCAGUUCAGGACAACAGCCUGGUUACAACUACAUGAACGCCCCUCCCAUGCCUGGCCAAUCCUCCGCCCCCGGCGAAGAAUUUCAACGAGCACCGGAGCGAAAUCCCGAUAGAUAUGGCACCAACGCCAACAGCAACCAGAAGAAAUGCUCUCAGCUUGCUGCCGACUUCUUCAAGGAUAGUGUCAAGAGAGCACGCGAGCGCAACCAAAGACAGAGCGAACUGGAGCAGAAGCUUCAGGACCCUACGCAAGGCGCGGCCAGACGCGAGCAGCUCUGGUCCACCGCUGGCAGGAAAGAAGGCCAGUACCUGCGUUUCCUGCGUACCAAGGACAAGCCCGAGAACUACAACACUGUCAAGAUCAUCGGAAAGGGUGCCUUCGGAGAGGUCAAACUUGUGCAAAAGAAGGGAGAUGGCAAGGUUUAUGCCAUGAAGUCACUCAUCAAGACAGAAAUGUUCAAGAAGGAUCAGCUUGCUCACGUUCGAUCAGAGCGAGACAUUCUCGCCGAGUCGGACAGUCCAUGGGUUGUCAAGCUAUACACCACCUUCCAGGACUCGUACUUCCUAUACAUGCUAAUGGAGUUCUUGCCUGGUGGAGAUCUCAUGACGAUGCUGAUCAAGUACGAAAUCUUCUCCGAAGAUAUUACUCGCUUCUACAUUGCAGAGAUUGUUCUUGCCAUUGAAGCUGUGCACAAGCUAGGCUUCAUCCAUCGUGACAUCAAGCCCGACAACAUUCUUCUUGACCGAGGCGGUCACGUCAAGCUUACCGAUUUCGGUCUGUCAACAGGUUUCCAUAGACUUCAUGACAACAACUAUUAUCAGCAGCUCCUUCAGGGACGAUCUAACAAGCCGCGCGACCGUAACUCUGUUGCCAUUGAUCAGAUUAACCUUACGGUCAGCAACCGAUCUCAGAUCAACGACUGGCGACGAUCCCGAAGACUGAUGGCUUACUCAACUGUUGGAACCCCUGACUACAUCGCCCCCGAGAUUUUCACUGGACAUGGCUACACCUUUGACUGCGAUUGGUGGUCACUGGGUACCAUCAUGUUCGAGUGUCUGGUUGGCUGGCCUCCAUUCUGUGCUGAGGAUAGCCAUGACACCUACCGCAAGAUCGUGAACUGGAGACAGACGCUCUACUUCCCUGACGACAUAACACUCGGCACCGAUGCGGAGCACCUGAUCCGAAGUGGCGCGCAUGAGAUUAAGAGCCAUGCUUUCUUCCGCGGCGUCGAGUUUGACAGCCUGCGCCGUAUUCGCGCACCUUUCGAGCCCCGCCUCACUUCCAACAUUGACACCACCUACUUCCCUACCGAUGAGAUUGACCAGACUGAUAAUGCUACUGUCCUGAAGGCUCAGGCCAUCCAGUCAGGCCGACAGGUUGAGGAGUCCCCCGAGAUGAGCUUGCCCUUCAUUGGCUACACAUUCAAGCGGUUUGAUAACAACUUCCGGUAA